GACCGUCAAAAUGGCCACCGAAUUGACUGUUCAGUCGGAGCGUGCGUUCCAGAAGCAGCCUCACAUCUUCGUCAACCACAAGUCGAAGUCUGCCAAGAGCAAGAGAGUUGGAAAGGGCGGCAGAAGAUGGUACAAGGAUGUCGGUUUGGGCUUCCGGACGCCCAAGACCGCCAUUGAGGGUACCUACAUUGACAAGAAGUGCCCCUUCGUUGGUCUCGUCUCGAUCCGUGGCCGUAUCCUGACCGGCACCGUCGUCUCUACCAAGAUGCACCGUACUCUCAUCAUCCGUCGCGAGUACCUGCACUACAUCCCCAAGUACGCCCGUUACGAGAAGAGACACAAGAACUUGGCUGCCCACGUUUCUCCCGCUUUCCGUGUUGAGGAGGGUGACCAGGUCACCGUCGGCCAGUGCCGGCCCCUGAGCAAGACGGUCCGCUUCAACGUCCUUCGCGUCCUUCCCCGCACCGGCAAGGCCGUGAAGUCGUUCAACAAGUUCUAAAUGCCUUAAAAUCGGGAGAUUCCAAGUUUGAGGGCGCUGGUUUUUCAUGGUACAACAAUUCAUCAAUCGUGUGACGAUGGAAUUGGCGCGGUUUAUCUCGACAGCAGGAGGAAUUUGGUUCGAUCAUUGUGUCUGAAUCAACUCAUGUUAGCGAUAGUCGAGAAUGGACCGUUCUUAAAAUACACUUGCUGAAUACAAUACAAUAUGACCAGUGCCGACGGCGUUGGUUCUUGUGACGUUGACGAAAAUGCUAGAGUUUCGUGAAUUUACAUAUGGAAAUGACGUCUCUCCUUUCCGCCAGUGAACGGCGCAAACGAUGCAAGGAAGAUCGAAUUUGAUCCAUUUUAUGACAAUGUCUGGUCCGAAUUAUACUUUUAUCUAAGUGUUUAUACGACCCAUCCGUUUACCACUUCCUCCGUUAUACACUGCUC